CAUUCGCAUGCGAAUCUCAACGUCAAGAGAUUAGAUUCGCCAACUCGGCUCUAGGUUCGCUGUCGACGUCCGUCGUGCUCGAGUGUGUUUUUAAUAUUUCUACAUUAAGUCGCACGCUUCGAUAUCGCCGCAAAUUAAAAGUCCGCUGAAGACGUUGGUGAAUGUGGGGGCCAUGACGGCGCCUCCACACAGACACGUGUUCCUGUCCGGGAAGCCGGGCGUGGGGAAGACGACCCUGGUGCGGAAAGCCUGCGAGGCCCUGCGUGUGGCCGGUCUGGGAGUGUGGGGCUUCUACACCGAGGAGGUGCGGCAGGGCGGCCGGAGGAUUGGUUUCGACAUCGUGUCUCUGGCAGGAGAGCGCGGCACCCUGGCUCGGCUCGGCUGUGAUGGCGGUGGUGUCCCCUCUGCGCACCGGGAGUAUCGGGUUGGACAGUACGCUGUGGACCUGGCCUCGUUUGAACAGAUUGCUCUCCCGCUGCUGAGAAACCCAUCGGACCCAAGUGCUGGUGGUGCCCGAGUGCUGGUGCUGGAUGAGAUAGGAAAGAUGGAGCUGUUCAGCCAGAGCUUUGUGCAGUGUGUGCGACGGGCUCUGGAGAUUCCCACCACAAAUGUGCUGGGCACAAUACCCGUGCCAAAAGGCAAGCCUCUGGCGCUUGUUGAGGAGGUCAGAGGCCAGGGGGACAUCAAAUUGUUCAUGGUCACGAAGGAGAACAGGGAUUCUCUUUUGCCAGCCAUCGUGCAAGCAGUUCAAGAAUGCAAAUGAUUGAAAGGCAGAGGACAAAUGGCAUUGAAUCUCUGCAUAAAUAUAGGUUGACCACAAAUUGCACUGGUCACAUCAAAACUCCUUCUGCAUCUUCCUUCAACCUCGAUGUUACAUGUUGUGUUGCCUCUGAUGUAUGUAAACAGCAAGUGGCACUGUGGUUAAGU